AUGGACGGCAACUUCGACGAUAUCAAUGGUCCAAAGCACGAACGUGUGGCAAAAGCGCUUGAGCAGGUGAACGGAUUCCGAUAUCGGUAUCACCCGCCACCGCAAGAUGGCAAGAAGAUGUUGAGCUUCGAUUCCGAAGAAGAAGACGCAAGUGAUGGCGGAGACAGCGACGAUGAGUGCUCCGGUGAUGAAAUGCAACGUCAACGGCGACGUCGAAGCAGCAAAGGAGCAACCAGGCGCACCAACGAGGAGUCAAAACCCCCGGUAAUGACUCUCGAUGACCACAUCGAGAAUUUGUUGCGCAAGACCCGCACGCUGGCGAUGCUGAAGAUCGCAAACAAUACGGCGGGAACUAUCCCGUCCGAUAGCGAGGACGACAACGACGAAGCUGACGACGUGGUGUCGGAUGAAUUGAGCAUUGGCAGCCUCCUUGGGAGCAACUCCAGCAUGGGUGGGCACAAAUCAAGCCUUCUCGGAACUGCGGCGAUGUGCUUAGCACGGACACUCAGUGCCUUCCUAUGUUUGCCUCGUGCAAUCAGCUACGGUGAUUUGGAGGCGAUCACGGAGAAAUUGCUGGAGUCACCAAAUGACCAGUUUGAUGAUGAUGAGUAUGCGCAUCUCAUUGAUUGCCACGUCGAUUCGGCUCGUGACGAUGAAGCGCACUCGGAAACAGAAGAGGACGAACCUAUCUGGAAGCGUCGUAACUCGAGGCCAGUCCGACCGCUGAACCUCGCCGAAGAUUCGACUGACUUGGAAUUGCAUCAACGGCAAAUAUUCAUGGAGGCGAAUCGCUUUGGUGGCGUCUCCAGUCGAAACUUCUUUAUAGCGUCUAGCAAGCACCUGCUGACCAAAGACGAUUCAAAAGGCAGCAUGUACUUCGGCGUAAGCCCUAGCGGACGCUUGCUCGGCUCCACGAUGAAUGGCUCAAGCACAAGUUUGAACUUUGGCAGACAAGGAAGUGGCUCCACAGAAGAGUACAUCAAUUGGCGGACGCAGGUAAAGGAGGACUACCUCGCAUGGCUGAACGCGAAGGUGGAGGCCCGAAAGCGUCGAAAAACGCGUACGAAGAAAGGUGACCCCAGCAAGAAGCCGCGGUGGUUGCUGCUUUACGAAGCCAGCAAAAACCCGACGCAGAAGUACCGGCCGGACGGGAAGGAGUAA